CAACUACAUGUACAUGAUGACAAGAUGUCAAAUACAAAGAGUAUGACGACAUCAAACGUUCAAUUGGCACGAUGUGAGCCAACGAUUGCGAUCAAUCGAACGCCAUCCAAUAAACUACACGAGAUUGUAGAACCAGUCUUGAUUUCACAAAAGCCAAAAAUACGGAAUUGGGGAGGAACAUUUACGAGUACACCAGCAUGUUUGUUUCAGCCAAAGACGGUAUUGCAAUGUUGUGCGAUCAUCGAGCUGGCUAGACGGAUGGGAAAUAUAGAAUGUAGAGCAUUGGGAAGAGGACAUAGUCCGGGUGAUUUACCAUUCACGCAAGGAUGGCUAUUACAGAUGGAUAAUCUAUCGGGAUUGGUGGCGAUCGAUACAAGUGUUCCAACGGCUACUGUCUUGGCAGGAACGUACGUUUCGGACAUGCAUGGAAUGCUGGAAAAUGCUGCUGUCCCGUUAGGCAUGCCCAAUCUGGGAUCGAUCUCUGAACAAACGAUUGGAGGCUUGAUCUCUACGGCUACACAUGGAACUGGAUAUUCUUUCCCAGUCAUCUCAGCUGCUGUCGAGUCAAUGCGCAUCAUUUGCGCUCUCGAUGAGGCAGAAGGAGGAACGCAAGUGAUCUCGUGUAGUCGAAAACAAAACGCAGAUCUGUUCAAUGCAACUUUGUGUGGUUUGGGAGCAACUGGUUUGCUUGUGGAGGUGACGAUCAAAGUGGAUCAUUGGUUCAAAUUGAAACAAAUUUCGGAAGAAUGCAAAUUUGAAGAUUUGAUUGGACCGGAAACGAGUACGCCCAGUAUUGCAACUUACUGGUCUGCUGAUCAAAUGGAUGAGCAUACAUUGCCUAUGCUGCAAAGUAGAUCAAAAAGAGCUGCAUUAAAGGGAAUACAAAAGGCAAAGGAACUGAUUGGUGUCAAUGAGGACAGUGUAGAUGCUAAUGAUGGUCUCGCAAUCAAGCGUCCAAUGUCUCUUGGAAAGCUACUAGCUCAUAAACCUCAUCUUGUUCCGGGCUGUCCAGCUUCAAGAUUACCAAAAUACCACACCAAAGACCCAAGCUCAAUAUACCCGAUCGAUAGUGUCAACAGUGAGAUUGAAAAGGAUGAAUUGGACGAAGAGACAAGGGUGGCCCAAUCCAGGCUGGAAACUCUAGGCCAAUCUUCGCAACAUGUCCGGAUCGCAUGGGUUCCACAUGCAGGUAUGUGCACUGUGAUGAGGAUGAAUAAGACUUUGGAGCCGAUUCAGGCACCCGGAGUGUUUUCAAGAGUAUAUGGACGUGUUGUUGGAUAUCACUUCCUGCAAUUGCUCAUAUUCAUGUCAAGGUAUCGACCGAGUAUGCUAGGCAAUGUGAACAGAUUUGCCUAUUGGCUCACUCAUCCGUCCAGACCUUCUGACCCCUCCGAAUCAUCGGUCCCAGCCAAGCCGAUCGCAGCUGAUGCAAAUCAAAAGGCCAUCACUGAGGAUCCUUCUCAGUUUGCAAAUGGCACAUUUGACCCAACCCGACUAGGAUCUUCGUCAUCGCUCAAUCGUGAUCCUGAACCGUUGAAUCCGACCAAUCCACGCAGCGUGCUGGUCGAUGCAGCACCAAGGGUGUUCAAUUUCGAUUGUCUGUUUCAACAAUAUACCAACGAAUGGGCCAUUCCACUCUCAUGCCUUGGCAGUACAUUACGUGCAAUGCGCGAUUGGUUGAAAGAAGAAGAAGAAAUCUCCAAACGUGGAGGAGGAGAACAAGUUCAUUUCCCCGUUGAAAUUCGUUUUGUCGAUGCAGAUGGAAUUUGGCUAAGUCCUUGUCAUGGAAGAAAGACGGUUUAUAUCGGAAUUGUGCAAUAUAGACCGUACGAUUUGCCGAUCAAAUAUCGAAGUUUGUUUGCCAAAUUUGAAGUUUUAAUGCGUCAUUUCGGUGGAAGACCUCAUUGGGCCAAAGCACAUACUUGUGGACCGACUGAAUUGGCAAGAUUGUAUCCAAAUCUAAGCGACUUUUUGGCUUUGCGUAAAUCAAAAGAUCCCGAUGGAAUCUUUUUGAAUCCUUAUGUUCGCAGACAUCUUUUGGGCGAUCUGAGAGCUGAGGCCAGUCCGAGGAUCUUCAAAUCGAGGCUAUGAUUACUGUACUAUAGCUAAUUGUAAAUUUGACUUUUCCGAACAAACAUUCUCUAG